CCUCGCCUUCACGACGCUCCCAUCAACCUCAACCUCCCCUGAUGGACCGCCUUAAGAGUGCCGCGAAGACGACCCGCGACAAACUCACCCCAACUAGGAGGGAAGACGAACCCAGCGGCUCUUUGACGGUGCCGCACGCGAAUGCAUUCGCACACGAUGGCACCAGCACGAUAGGGGUCAACGAGGGCAUUAUCGGUCCACGACCUGCGAUAGCAGUGGAAGACUUUGCUGCAGCUCCGUCGUCUCAGUCUCCGCGGUCGCCUAUCAAUGUCCACAAGCCUCUACCUACUUCUCCAGAUGUUAUCGAUGCUGCCGUCAGGAAAACAGCGUCUAAUCCUUCGAGCUCGGCUCAAGACCCAUCGAAACUCACAGUACCAACACGGGAGAGCAGCCUGCCGGAACCCAUUCAGAAGUUGUACAACAAAAGACCCAGAGCGGGUUCUAGACAGCCCAGUAUUGGAAUUCGGCGGUUGCCCUCAGCACAGUCGAUAGGUCGUGUGAACACGCAAGGCGCUGGCCAGAAUGUAAACACACUACGGCCAGCGGCUAGCGUGCCGCGUAUGUCUACCGUCGACGAAGCCUCGUCUGCUCGGACUGGAUCUGAGGAUCCAAAGCGAGUUGAAGAGGGCUCAAAUCUGUGGGCGAGGAUCCGGCACGGAGUGGAGUCCAGAUUAGGGCGAAAGUCUGGGGGCAACGGCAAGGGCCCCGCCUCGACUAUAUCUUCCAACGACUACGACGCGAGCAUGGUCGAUGUCCUCGACACGGUUGACCCCGAAGUAGCAACUCUCACAUCUCUGACGAACGUCCAAAACUCUCUUUUCAUACCUCAGCUUGGUAAGUGGAUCAAUCGAAGACCGACCUACAACCUACGGCCUCGACCGAACCAGAUGGACGAAAUCGAUGAGUUUGACGAAGAGGUUGCUGGUGCUGUUGGGGAGGCCGAACGGCGUGAAAAGUGGAGACGGGACGCCCCGAGUCUACAGCGCUUGGAAACCGACACUCAAACUAUCGCAACGAUUGAUUCCCGAUUGAGUGACUCACGCUUCGCCGUAUUACCUGAAGGACGAGAUCUCAGAGGGUGGAGUAUAGAGGAUAAGAAGGAGCUGAAUGAUCACGUGCGCCACAUGCUUCACUCGAAGAGGUCCCGGUUCAAGCGACAGAUGCGAGGGUUUGGGCAGUAUAUACGAAGACCACUUGGUUUUCUUGUCACUCUUUACGCAUUUCUUAUCACUGUGUUUGGUCUUGCCUGGGUGUUGUUCCUGAUCGGUUGGAUCAACGUUGGAGGAAGGCAGAUUUACCUCGUCAAUGUCAUCGACAACAUCAUGGUAGCCCUCUUCGCUGUGGUUGGUGACGGCCUCGCACCAUUUAGAGCAGUCGACACCUACCACAUGGCCUUCAUCGCACACUACCACCACCUCACCUGGAAACGCCGAGACCACGAGAUGCUCCCCGAACUCCGCGACCACAACGACCUACCUGCUACUAACGCUCCCGUCAAGCCGCACGAAGCCGACGUUGAACAAGCGCCGUGGGAGUUCACGAUGCUGACUCCGAAACAACAAGCCAAGCUAGAGCACCACCAAACCAAGUUCUCCAACUCUCAUACUUUCUACAAGCCCCAUGAGACCGAAACGCAUUUCGCAUUCCCACUACGUUUGCUGGUGGCUGUCGUCGUGCUGCUGGAUUGCCACUCGUUGUUCCAAAUUGCUCUCGGUGCAUGCACAUGGGGCAUUUAUUAUAAACGACGGCCGUUUGCGCUGACGACUGUCAUCCUCUGCUGCUCAAUCACGUGCAACGCUACUGCUGGUCUCUUGAUUCUGAUUGGCGACAAGAGGACCCGGAAGAAUGACGUGUUGGAACGGAUGAAUCGGCAAGAAUUGACCGAAGAAGCUAUGGAUAUUAUUAUCGAGAAGAAGGAGAAGGAGAGAGAAGAGGAGUCGGAUUUGGACACUCAGCCAGGGCACUCGAAGCAUGGGAGCGGCGUAGGUUUGAUGGACAAUAUUCGGAGCCCUACGGAUGUUGACAAACGGGCCAGUGGCGCGGGUCUAAUAGAGAAGUUGCGCAUCCCGACAGAGGGCGAGAAACGAGGCAGCGGGGCAGGUUUGAUGGAGAAGCUGCGGAGCCCGACAGAUGGUGAGAAGAGAGGAAGUGGUGCUGGACUCAAAGAUAGGAUUGGGUUGAAGAGGUGAUGUUGAAGAUAGAUCGAGAGCGUGAGACGGCAGGAGGUGGUAAUGAUAGAGCAGUGUAUAUAUCCAAUCACAUGCUUUAUAUGGCAAUGCCUUUUACGACACCACGUUCCCAUAGGCAAAGUCAGAACAGCCAUCCUCAUCAAACUUCUCAAGAUCCGUCUUCCUAAUUCCAUUCUAAGCGUUACACCCAACGAACAGCAGAAUAAUGCUUAUGAAAUUGAUGACGCAUGUAGAUACAUUCCGCACCCGACAACCUCCCUUCCUUCGAAGAAACAACGACCGGAAAUGAAUUUGGCUACUGAUACUUUAGCUAGGGACAAAGCAUAGAUGAAUCUUAUUCUCUCGUGCCCAGCAUGAACCUUGGAUCGCUGGACAACUGGCAAGUCUUGGCGGCCCUUAGGCAAGGGUGACAGAGAAG